AGGAGCCAGCCCAGGAGGGCCACCUGCCUUCCCACCGUCCCUCCCUGCCUGCUCUUCAAAAUGGGUGCAGAAGGCUCUAGGGCCGGGGGCCGCUCGCUCACUCACCUUCCGGCGCCUUCCGCCUGUUCCUCGAGACUCCUCACCCGCUCUGGACCGCUCUCUUAGGCGCUGAGGCAAGGGAAGACCUGGGACCUUCCUGGGCCAGUCCUCCGCAGGCCUGCGCGGAUACAGAUCAGAAAUGCAUUAUGGCCAAUGUAGCAAGUGUUCCCGCGGGUGUUGCGACUGGCUGGCGUCCAGGCGUUGGGAACCGCCCCGCGCCCGCCUCCCGACUGAACUCCUGGCUCAGGUGCAAGAGGCGGCAGCCUCCUUGCGGGGCUCACGGGGAGAAGGGGACGUUGGGCGCAGCACCGCUUCCGGGGCGGCCCCUCUCCCGCCGCACUCCGACCCGGCGCGGCCACCCGGGUCGCAGGCCCCACUGCUGCGCCCUCUCGGGGACGCGAAUGCCCCGCGCCGGGCGGGCGCCCGCGGAGGGAGGUCCCGCUCCAGGGGCGCGGAGCUCCAGAUGCUUACGCCCAAGGCCCCUCGCCUGGCGCCGGCUGGUCCCGAACUUCGGGGCAUGGGCACCCAGGAAGGGGGCCGCGCGUGUUGGGAGGCCUGUCCUCUCGCCGCGACCCUCCAGGGCAGCCGGGGCACCCACCUGCGGAGCGGGAAGCCCAGGAACGCUCGAAGAGGGUGUGGCCUCAGGUAGGACGCGGCGGCGAACCCAGAGCGCGGGAGAAGUUACCGAGGGUCGCUGGGGCCUUGGCCAGGAGCCCCUCUGCCCGAGGGGCGCCCCGCUGCCUAACUCCUCUCCACCUGCUUGACCCCAGCUCCUGCCUGCCCUUCGCCUCCGGGCCCUGGGGCCACUGCCGCGGGGACCUGCCUGCGGCUCCACGGCCCGGUGGCCGCCUCGCGGAGACCCGACCCGGAGAACCAGCUGGGUGCUGGCUGUGUGUAAUCACCUGGCUCACUGGCAUCGCAGAUGCACGCUCCAGAGCCGCGGGCCGACUCUCCUUUGUCGCGGGGCCGCGUGUGCCCACCCACACAUCCUGGAGAGCCCACGCGGAAGUCCGAAAACCUGUCACCUUGGAUGA